AUUUACCCAACGCGUGCACUUGUUGCUCCUGCCAUCGCUCGUUUAACAUUUCUAUUUUCCUGUUAUGAAUUUUGUAAUGAUAUUUCUAUGGUUUUUGUUUUUGAAUUAUUUUUUUUUGCGUUGCACAUGUAAGCUACCAAAAGUAAAAUCUGCAUUAAGUUGAUGAAAUAAACGCAACCGUUGGGUAUUUUAGGCUUUCGCACACACACAAAUUCAUUCUACGGUAGUUUCUUGCCAUGGAAUUCACCGACAACCUUGGAGGUUUGGAAGGUGCUGCAUUUCAAAGCAGGCUUCCCUACAAUGAACUUUCACCUGAAGAAAGAGAUUUGUUUCCAGACGUUGCAAGUGAUGUCAACGGCCAUCUUGGAUUUCUCAACAUAAGAAACAGAAUUCUUCAAAUGUGGCUCGAUAAUCCAAAGAUUGAGCUCAUUUAUGAAGUAGCUGUUCAAAGACUGACCGACUUAAAAGAAAUAACACCCGAAAAUGUUGCACUCAGUUUAAAGAUUCACAAAUACCUGGAACGUCAUGGAUUUAUUAAUUUUGGAAUUUUCAAACGUAUUCAUCCAAUUAGAAAAAUCAAGAAAGCCAAGGUCGUUGUAAUUGGAGCUGGCAUGGCUGGUCUUGCAGCCGCUCGACAGCUAACAUCGUUUGGUAUGGAGGUUAUCACUAUUGAAGCUCGGGACAGAGUGGGCGGUAGAGUGAGCACUUUUCGAAAAGGGAAAUUUGUGGCAGAUCUUGGUGCUAUGGUGGUCACUGGCCUUGGUGGAAACCCUAUUACAGUGAUCAGUAAACAAAUCAACAUGGAGUUGCAUAAGAUUAAACAGGAUUGCCCUCUUUAUGAAACAGGGGGAAGUCGGGUUCCAAAAGAGAAAGACGUUCUUGUUGAAAAAGAAUUUAACAAACUUCUUGAAGCUACUGCUCAUUUAAGCCAUGAGAUGGAAAUUGAUAAAUUUAAAGACAAACAGCUGUCUUUAGGAAAAGCCUUUGAGCUUGUAAUAAGUCUACAAGAGAAAAGUGUAAAAGAACAACUCCUGGCGCAUUGGCACCAGAUCGCCAAGUUGCACGAACGACACAAAGAUAUCGUGGAGAGAAUGGCAACAUUGAAACAGAAGGCGCUCAAAUCCCGUGAAGUCGUAUCCACUAUUCCUACUUUAAACGAUAUGGAAGACAAAGAAAGUGAAAAAGCAAUUUCUAAUGAAUUCAGACGAAGGUGCCUCAUGAAAGAUUGCAGGGAAGCAUGCAAGGAUUUUUUUAAACUAAACGAAACCCGACAGAAUCUUGAAUCUGAGAUAGUAGCCAUGGAACACAACCUUCCAAGCGAUGUUUACCUCUCCUCUAAAGAUCGGCAGUUACUUGACUGGCAUCUCGCCAACCUUGAGUUCGCCAAUGCUGCCCCGUUAGAUAAGCUCAGUCUAAAACAUUGGAAUCAAGACGAUGCAUAUGAGUUCAGUGGUAGUCACCUUGUUGUUAGAAACGGCUACUCCAUCCUCCCAACAGCUUAUGCAGAUGGUUUAGACAUUCGUCUCAGCACCACUGUAAGAAAAAUGAGCUACAGCGAUACAGGUUGUUCAGUCGUAAUACAAUCCACACAGACUGCUUCUCCACAAACCACAAUAACAUGCGAUGCUAUAUUAUGUACCCUACCUCUUGGUGUGUUGAACCCACCCGACCCUGAGUUAGACCAUGGGCCAGCAAUAGAGUUUGAUCCUCCACUGCCAAGUUGGAAAAUUGAAGCAAUGAAAAGAAUGGGAUUUGGAAACUUGAAUAAGGUAGUCUUGUGUUUCGACCGAAAUUUCUGGGAGUCAGCGUCUGCCAACUUAUUUGGGCAUAUUGGAGCCACCACAAGCUCAAGGGGCGAACUCUUCCUCUUCUGGGCGAUAUACAGAGCUCCUGUGUUAAUAGCAUUGGUGGCGGGGAAGUCAGCCAAUGUGAUGGAGCAUGUUGGGGAUGGAGUUGUUCUUUCUAGAGCCAUAGCCGUCUUGAAGGGGAUAUUUGGCCCUGAGAAUGUGCCAGACCCGGUCAAUUACACGGUCACACGCUGGGGUUCAGAUCCUUGGGCAAAAGGAAGUUACUCUUAUGUUGCUGUUGGUUCAUCAGGUGAUGAUUACGAUGUGAUGGCGUGUCCUGUUGAUGGGGCGGGCGCUUCAUACGAACAGAUGAUGUCAAGUAGUGGAAACCCAAGGCUGUUUUUUGCAGGAGAACACACCAUGAGAAAUUAUCCAGCUACUGUGCAUGGUGCAUUGUUGAGUGGAUUCAGGGAAGCAGCGAGAAUUACUGAUAUCUUUGUUGGACCAAUUACCACUAAUGGUAACAACCAACAGGGCACAGUUGUGACGGAGAUUACUGACCAUUAGUUGGAGUGGAAAUAUUUGAACUGCAUUCUUCUAAUGAAUUAAAACUAUUAAGGCCGAUAUUUCAGUUUCAACUGCCAAUUGCAGAAUUUUAUGCGCGAAAAUACACCAUACACCACAUAGAAAUCAA